CGGGCGGACGGGGCGGCUCUCCUUGCAGCCGCUCGGACCGCGGGGCCUUGGCGCACGGGGCGCUUCCCUGGGUCGCCGUCAUGGCCGCGGAGGCGGCACGCCCGAGCUGCCGCGCUUGAGUUCCGGGGGGCUCCGGACCCUGCAGGCUUCGUGACAGAACGUGUCUCGGUGCGGACAUUUCAUUGAUCCUGGAUUUAUUGUGUUCCUGUCUCUAAGGUUUUUCCCUGCCUACUCGAGGGAACAUAGUCAUCACUGGCUUUUGAUUGCUCUCACAUCUGGUGUGGCCUCUGUUUCAGGUCACAUCUGAAACUCCUCUGGACCCUAAAAGGUUUGAGGCCUCAAACCUUCUGAGAGGACUCCCUGACUGUCUUGGAGCUGAUGUUUCCUGUCACCGAUCUGGUGACCCAGGACGUGCCCCAGCUCUAGUGAUGCAGUCUGCCUUUCUGCUCGGGAACAUCAUCUGUGCCUCAGACUUGCUCCUCUCAGCCUGAGACCGCGUGGAAACUGGGAUGUAGGAUGCAGGAAGCAGAGAUAGUGGUAACCCAGAGGCCCAUGUCUGGGUAGAUCCAGGCAUAUGGCUACACAUUCACCCCUGAAAUCUCACCAGUGUGCUUAUUGUGAGAAGACUUUCAACCGCAAAGACCACCUGAAGAACCACCUCCAAACGCACGACCCCAACAAAAUGGCCUUUGGGUGCGAGGAGUGUGGGAAGAAGUACAACACCCUGCUGGGCUACAAGAGGCACCUGGCCCUCCAUGCGGCCAGCAGUGGCGACCUCACCUGUGGGGUCUGCGCCCUGGAGCUGGGGAGCACUGAGGUGCUGCUCGACCACCUCAAAGCCCACGCCGAAGAGAAGCCCUCGACUGGAGCCAAGGAGAAGAAGCACCAGUGCGACCACUGCGAGAGAUGCUUCUACACCCGGAAGGAUGUGCGGCGCCACCUGGUGGUUCACACAGGCUGCAAGGACUUCCUGUGUCAGUUCUGUGCCCAGAGAUUCGGGCGCAAAGACCACCUCACGCGUCACACCAAGAAGACCCACCCACAGGAGCUGAUGAAGGAGAGCCUGCAGGCUGGAGACCUUCUGAAUACUCUCCACGCGCUCUCUCCCCAGUUCCAAUUGAAGGCUGCCCCACUGUCUCCUUUUCCUAUAGGGGCCCCUGGGCAGAAUGGGCUUGCAGGUAGCUUGCCAGCUGAGGUACACACCCUCAAUGCUUUGGAGCAGUCCACCCAGCCUAUACCAGUGCUGUCAGAGCUCCUGGCCCCGCUCCACCCCAUGGCCAGCCCCAGCUCUCCCCCGGCACCCCUCCAGAAUCAUAAGUACAACACUGGUUCUACCUCAUACCCACCACUGGCAGGCCUGCCCCUCAAAACAGAUACUAAAGGAUUUUGCAGUACCAAUUUGCUUGAGGACUUGCCUCUGCAAGAGCCUCAGUCACCUCACAAGCUCAAUGCAGGUUUUGACCUGGCUAAGGGAGGUGCAGGUAAAGUAAACCUGCCCAAAGAGCUAGCUGCAGAUGCUGUGAACAUAUUACCUGCCUCUCUGGACCUCUCCCCUCUGUUGGGCUUCUGGCAGCUGCCCCCUCCUGCUACCCAGAAUGCCUUUGGGAGUAGUGGUCUCGCCCUGGGGGCUGGGGAAGCUCUGCCGCAUAGGCUGGGCUGUCUGGGGCAGCAGCCCCAAGACCCCUCACUAGCCAUGAGCACUAUGAGCCUGGGCCAGCUCCCCCUCCCGCCCAUCCCCCACGUUUUCCCAGCUGGCACUGGUUCGGCUAUCCUGCCUCAUUUCCACCAUGCAUUCAGAUGAAUGGCUUUUGUUUUUUUAAGCAUACUUUUCUUACUCUGAAAGAUAUUUUGAGAAGCAUUUUAAACAUCAGCUAUGAUAAUACAAGGAAAGAUUUAGGAAGCAGGACUGGAAUAUGGCUUAUUCAGUGAUGACUGGCUUGAGAGGAGAGAGUUCUCAAACUGCAUGUAUUGUGCCAAUCUGUCCUGAGUGUUCAUGCUUUGUACCAAAUUUAAUAAGCAAGUAUUCAAUGGAACUGCAACCAUUAUCAUAACCAACAUCCAUAGAGGGCUGCUAUAUAUUAGUGUAGCUAUAUAUUGGUGUUUGUCAACUUAAUCGUAAGCCAUGAUCAUAAUAAUGUUAGCUAAGUAACUUUAUGUGGCACUGCCUAGUAAGGGAACUAUGGAAAGGUUUGGAUUUUUCCAAAAUGGGAGGCUUUUUAACAUAAGAAAGUAAUCUUUAUAUCGCAUAUUAUCACUAGGCUGCGUAUUUCUUUUCAGGGAUUUUUCUAUCUAUCUUCAGGGUUGGAUGUAGUUUAGUUACUAUUGCCAUAGCCAACCUGUAGUUUUACAGAAACAAUUUCUUGUGGAAUAAUAGACGUCUUCAUUUUAAAGCAUUUUAAAUGUAGUUUGAAUAUUUUCCACAGGAUGCUACAAUGUGAGUUAUCACUUCAUUUAUCUUAAAGACUAAACUGUCAGUUAUAUCUGACAGAAAAAAAAAAAUCACUGUGUAACCAGGUUAAGUGGUAAAAUAAUCCAGGCGUCAGUCAAAAUAAGCAUUUUACUGACUUUAAUAUUGAUUAUAUUUUUAACAGGAAUUUAAGAAAUAUUACUGGAAUUUAAAAGUAUAUAUAUAUCUAUCUAUUAAGCAAGAAUUUCUUUUGCUCUGCUCUGUCUGGCUUAAAAUACUACUCUGCUUAAGUAUUUUUAAUCACCAAUAAGUAAACGCAUUUUAAAAUUCAUCA